GUGUUGGUUGGGAUGGUCCCAUGAUCAGAUAUUUAUAGGAGAGCAGUUAUAAAUAGCUGCCGUGUGUGUGUGUGAACUGAGGAGCCCCCAGCUACCCCGUUUAAAGCUGCUGAGGGAGCACAGCCAUUUAACUGAAGAGCACCACCCUUUCUGCACUAACAGAUGACAGAGGAAACAGAAAAGUUCUUUUACCAGUCUGACGAUGACUUUGAUGAAGAUGAAGCGACACAGUACUUAAUUGAACAAAGUAUACUUCAAUAUAAGAAUCUCAAAGGAUUGAAACCAAGUGAUCUCAAGGUUACUGAAGACCCUGAUGAGAUUUUCAAAGCAAUCAAGGAGGGUGAUGAAGAAGCACUGAACCAUCUGAUAGAGCAACCAGACACUCUGUCUCGAGUUGAUGAUAGAGGAUGGACUCCUCUGCAUGAAGCUGCAGUGCAGGAGAAGAAAAGGAUUUUAGAGAUUGUCUUCUCGGCUUCUCCUCCAGGUUCAGGACAUUGUCGCACACUGAAAGGUGAGACCCCAUUGUUUCUCGCUGUGGUUCAUGGUCUCAGAGAGAAUGCAACAUUCUUGUUACAGAAUGGCUGUAAUCCAGAUCUCCAGAACGAUGAGAACGAUUUACCUUUAGUGGCAGCCAUUCUAAACGACCACUAUGACUUGGCCACCCUGUUGCUUCGAUGGAACGCCAAAGUAGACAACACAGGACCACUAAACCGGACAGCAUUACAUGAGUCUGCUUUUCUGGGUCUGGAGAACUUUGUGUAUCUACUUUUAGAGUCUGGUGCCAAUCCAAAUAUAUGUGACAUCAAAAAGAAAACUCCCCUGGCUUUGGCUGCCCAGAAUGGACAUCUCCAUGUGGUGGAAGCCCUGUUACAAAAAGGAGCCCGUGUGUGGUGUGAAUCAGAGGAAUCUGGCACUAUUUUGUUUGAUGCCGCUGCCUCUGGAAACCCAGCCAUAAUCUCUUUGCUGUUAGACUAUGGAGCAGAUCCCAACCUUCCCUUGCCCAGUGGCCACCUGCCCAUUCACCGUGCAGCUUACCAUGGAUACAUACUAUCACUGGAGCGACUUAUCCCAGUGACUAAGAUGGAGGCUGUGAAAGAAAGCGGGAUGAGUCCUCUCCAUUCUGCAGCUGCUGGGGGACAUGCUCAUUGUCUGGAAUCGCUUCUCAAAGUGGGCUAUGAUCCUAAUUUCAUGCUGCAUCCUAGGAUUCGCCGCAACUAUGAUGAUGAGCGCAAAUCUGCCCUCUUCUUUGCCGUGUCCAACAAUGACCUCCAGUGCACCCGCUUGCUAUUGGAGGCUGGAGCAAUGGUGAACCAGGACCCUAUUAAUUGUUUGCAGGUUGCUCUUAGAGUGGGCAACUAUGAGCUGAUCAACACACUGCUGAAGUUUGGGGCAAAUGUCAACUAUUACUCCCGUGUCAACACCACUCACUUCCCCUCAGCACUGCAGUAUGCUUUGAAAGAUGAAGUCAUGCUGAGAAUGAUUUUAAACCAUGGCUAUGAUGUUAGGCGUUGCUUUGACUGUCCCUAUGGGGACAGUUCCCAUGACUGCAGUGCUUGGACAACCACAGUUAUCAAGGACAUGGUGUUCUGCGAGGUGAUCACGGUGUCGUGGCUUAAGCAAAUAUCUGGCCAGGUUGUACGCAUCAUGCUCGACUACACCGACCAUGUUUCAUUCUGCUCAAAAAUUAAGGAUACCUUGAAGGAGCAGAAACAGUGGCCAGAGAUCUGUCACGUUCAAAGAAAUGCGCGCAGCCUGAAGCACCUGUGCAGAUUGCGAAUAAGAGAGCAUCUGAGAAGCCUGCGUUUGAGAGCCCCAGUGUUCAUCAACUUCCUUCCUCUUCCACCCACGGUGAAAGAUUACUUGCGCUAUAAGGAGUUUGAUGUCUACAGCAGAGGCAGCUUGGUCAGCCCGUCGUGAAAAUGCAUUUACAGUUGACACUGAUAUCCCUGGAGGGUAAUUUUCCAAGUAUGGACUUUGUUCUGGUAACACGAUGUACAUUCAAACAUACACCACCUAAAGAUAUGUUUAAUAUUUAACUUGGAUACAGAAAAUAACCAUAUGCAGCACAUGAAAGGACAAGUUCACUUUUUUACACAUUGUUAGCAUUCAAGUCUUUUAGUACGGUACUCACAAUUGAUGAUUCUUUUGCUUACAUGAAAUUAUUUUGUAAAAAUUAGUUGACAGUUUUACCGGUCAUUUUACGCCCCUAUCCUCACCAAUAGUCAGGAGCUGUGACUAAAAGAACAAGGUCACAGAUACACGUGGUGGAAUCGAGGUUUCUUUGUAGGUAAUCUGAGCUUUUAAACUCAAGGUCGGUGAGAGGUUUGAAUAUCCAGGACGAACAUUUAGUAGACCCACUGCUCCUUCGCAUUGAGAGGAGCCAGCUGAGGUGGUUUGGGCAUCUGGUGAG